AUGGCCAACAAACACCCGGAUGUCUAUCCUGCCGACUUUAUCAAAGCUGGUAACGAAUUAUCCCACCUCGGCAAAGAACAAUCCAAACCGGCUUUGAUCAUAUUGAACCAGCCGAUAGCAGACACGAGGGUAUUAGGUCGUUUGUGGAACCAUACUAGCUACAGAUUGUGUGCUGAUGGUGGUGCAAAUCAACUUUACGAUCUCUUCAAACAAAAUGAUCCAACGCAGCUCGACCAAUAUCUACCGAACAUCAUUCAUGGUGACCUCGACUCCCUGCGACAGGAUGUCAGAGAUCACUACAAAUCACGCGGCGUAGAUGUCACAGAAGACCCAGACCAAUACAGUACAGACUUUGGGAAGGCCAUCAAACAAGUGCUGAGGGAGCAACCCUGUCAGAGAAACUUCCUGGUUCUCGGAACCAUAGCAGGACGACUUGACCAGGGUAUUGGCCUCUUGUCAGAAAUCUACCGAGAGCAACAUUCAGAGCAGCAUCCGAACAUUAGAUUUUGGUUGUUCUCCGAAUCAAGUAUCUCCUUCACACUCGCCCCUGGAACGACAACCAUCCACACUCCACUGGCUGAGAAAGUCAUCACACCAAAUAUUGGUAUCCUACCCAUAUUCGGCCCCGCGCAUAUCUCUACGAGUGGGUUGGAAUGGGACGUCGAAGAUUGGCAUACGCAAAUGGGGGGUCAAGUCAGCACCAGCAAUCACAUCGUGAAAGAUCAAGUCACAAUCUCAACUGAUGUGGAAGUGCUCUUCACAGUUGAACGUCGGAAAAGCGUAGCAGGCUAGGGGAAUGUACAACACGCAAAGAGGAGGACUUAUGAACCGACCGAAUCCAUUCGAAGAUGACAGUGGCGUCAACAACGAUGAGCGAUCAGUAGGAAUGGAUAUAAUGAAUCGUUUCGACAAGUAAAGGCUACGGUCGAUGUCAUUCUCAUAUGAUGCCAAACGAGCUGGGUCCACAACCAUCAAGCAACACGCUGUCAGCGCUGCGCAAUCCGAGAGAUGCAUCGUCCGAUUGCGCCCUAAACUCAUCACCUGCGAUAUCUGUCACCGUAAUCUUAUAUAUCAAGUGAAAGUAAACAAGAAGCGAAGUCAAAGUGAAUGGAUCGCUGAAAGGCAGAGAGUUUGUGUGGGGCAAAGCUGCAGCACUCCUUGAUGGAUAUAAAGAUGCGAUUUGACACAUGCAACGAAUUGACUUGAUGGUAACACAGAUUGUAGGGCGAAUUGAG